GUCCCUCUGAUGCCAACACUGUGCUCUGAGGCCACGUUUAGGAGGAAGGGGUUGGAGUCCUGAGGUAUUGCCUUUAUCCCAGGUUGUUCAUCGCCAAGUCGCAGGAGCGCAGGGUAUCAAGGGUUAGUCUUAAUUAUUGACUGACCAGUAUGCUGCAAUAUACCAAUAACUUCGGUUUUGUAGACAUUUCAUCAAUAUGAAGAGGAGGCCACAAAUGGCAUUGAUUCACAUGGUGUCCAUUACAUUGCUGAGGAAACCCGGUUUGCAGUGUAGAUUUCAAAGUACUCAACGACCAACUGUUCCUCUUGGCUCCCGAAUUUUAUCUGAUCCCAGCAGAGUGUUUGAACACAAUAUGUGGGAUCACAUCCAAUGGACUCCUGAGCAGGAAGAUCUUGCAAGACAAAAAGCUGAAGAAAAUUCUAGUGUUAAAGUCUCAAUGGAAGAACAAGUCAAAUAUGAUAAAGAUGCCAGCAGUUACUGGGAUGAAUUCUACAGAGCUCACCAAAACAAAUUCUUCAAAGAUCGCAGAUGGUUGUUCCUGGAAUUUCCUGAGCUCCUACCACACAGAACACACAAAUAUAAUGAAGUUGUCCUUGAAUCAAAAAAUACUUCCAUAUUAUGUUCUCAUGUUUCUUUACAAACACAAACAAAAUUAGUUGGUAUUAGCAGGACACAAGCAAAAAAGACAUUUGAAACUCUACGGAAUGCAGAUUCUGUAGAGAGAACAAUUGAUGGCAUGGAAUUGGAGCAUAAAACACAAGACUGGAAAUGGACAGACAGACAAAAGAAGCAAGGAUAUUUUCCUGGUAUCGAUUCCACUUUCAAAAUUUUUGAGGUUGGAUGUGGUGCUGGAAACAGUGUUUUUCCUAUCCUGAGUAAAGUUCGUGAUCCCAGUACAUUUCUUUAUUGCUGUGAUUUUUCAGCAUAUGCAGUGGAUCUGGUGAUGUCUCACCCUUUGUACAAUGCAUCCCAAUGUUAUGCCUUUGUUCAUGAUCUGUGUGAUGAAGCAAGCUCCACCUACCCAUUUCCAGAUGGAAGUAUUGAUGUCAUUCUCCUUGUAUUUGUGCUUUCUUCUAUUCAUCCAGUAAGGAUGCAGAUGGUAAUAAAUAGAUUGAGCAAGCUACUCAAACCUGGAGGAAUGAUACUAUUUCGAGAUUAUGGUAGAUAUGAUUUGUCUCAACUUAGACUGAAGAAAGGUCGCUGUUUGUUUGGAAACUUUUAUGUGCGAGGAGAUGGUACUCGUGUUUACUUCUUUACUAAAGAAGAAAUUGCACAUAUAUUCAUCUCAGCAGGUUUGAAAGAAGUUCAAAAUCUAAUGGAUCGACGACUCCAAGUUAACCGCAAAAAGAAAAUUGCAAUGCAUCGUGUCUGGGUGCAAUGCAAAUACCAAAAACCCUUCACAAACGAUUUAAAUUAAGGUUGAAGAUAGUUUUAGAUUUCCUAAAAAUAAUAUUUCUCCUGUUUCACUAUAUGUUAGUUUCUUUGUCUCUUUACUGUGCAGUUUGACCAUUAUGUUCCACCUUUGGUAUGAUAGGUGAUACAGAAGUUUCUAUUUGAUAUGCCUGACUUCAUGUUGUGUAGUUCUGUUUCACUGUUGUAUUGGAAAAAUGCAUGAACGUGCUGCAUUUUUAAAACUCCUGUAAUGGGAUUAAAACAGGGAAAGUGUUAUAUUUAAGUACUUUAAGUACUCUCAUAAUUUAUGACAAGAGAACAGCUUUACCAUAAAGAAUUGCAUAUCAGUAUCCAAACAGUUUACCAUGGUAGACCUGGUGAAAGUUGCCUCCAGGAACUGUUUUCAAACUACGCCAUUUAAGCACAAAAAUCUAAACACAGAUUAAUCUACCGUUAUUUCCUCCGAUAUGUCCUGGGCUUUGUAAAACCAGUUGCACAUCCAUUCUAUUUUUUUCAAGCAUUCUGCUUCAUUCAAUGAAAGCAAUAGUUUUGAAACAAUUGUCUCUCCACCGUGUUAAAGUAAUUAAUUAUCAAAAUAAAAAGCUGGUAACUUUCCUCACAAAGCAAAGCCCUAGUAAUGCCUUUGUUUGCCCUUUCUUAGAGUACAGGUUUUGCAGCUUAAUGGCAUCUAACAUCUUCUUGAAUGAUGCAAAAUUUUGUCUUAACACCCUAUCAACUACUAAGCACUCUUUCUAUGGAGAAUUGCCUCCAAACUUCCUACGAGGUUGAAUAAACUUCAGUAUUCUUAUCCUAUGGCUGUGUUUUAACUAGAUCACUCAGGUAUUAUUUUAUGAACCCUCUAAUCCAGCAUGAAAUGAGGCAUAUCAUUUUGGAGUUGAACAGCAGUGACAUAUCCACCAUUCUGGAACUGAAAGAAGACAGAGAUUCACAAUCCUCAAAAUAGCCAUAGGCGGCAUCAGUGCCUCUUGGGACUAUAUAACUCAUGCAAUAGUGAAUGCUGAAUGGAGGAAAUUAUGGCCAGGGUGUGUGCACAAUUCCUGUGGGCCUGCAGACUUUAAAGAUCUACAAGAAGAUUUUGUCAGGCUGGCAAAUUGCAAAGAGUUCACAAGAUUUGUUGAGCAGCAAGAAGUCACUGAUGGAGCAUCACCACCAAAAUAACUCAUUGUGAAAAGGUUUUUGGAGGGAUUCUGCCACAAUGAGAAAGAGAUAGCAGUCUUCAGAGGCAACAAUCCCAAUAUAGUUCACAGGAACACACAAGAGUAGAGGAGUCAGGCUUGGGAGGCCCAGGUGGCUUGCUAUUCAAUGUGAUCAUCACUGAUCUAUGCUGGCUUCAACUGCUCCUCUGUGGCAGAUAUGCAGAACCAUUAAUCCCUUGAUAUUUCAAAAAUUUAUUUACCUCCACUUUCAAUACUUCUAAUGAACUAGUCUCCACAACUCUCUAGGGCAGAGAAUUCCAAUGAUUCACCACAUUCUGCAAGAAAAAAUUUCUAUGUACCUCUUUUUUAAAUGACCAGCCCCUUAUCUUGAAACUAUGUCACUCCAUUAGAGUUUCUUCCACUAGUGAAAACAUUUCAACAUCUGCCCUGUCCUUUCCCAUGAGCAUCGUGUAUGUUUCAACAAGAUCACACCUCAUUCUAAACUCCAAAGAAUAACCUGUUUAACCUCUAUUGAUAAGGCAAUCCUGGUGAAUCCCUUUUGGACUACCUCUAGUGCUGCUAUAUCUUAGAUAAGCAGAUCAAAACUGUGCCCAGUACUCCAGGUGUGGCCUAACCAACCCCCCCCCCUCCCCCACAUACAAUUGUAACAAAAGUUCAACAUUACAUGUAGCUGCAUGAUGGGAAAUAGUAUACUUUACUAUAAGAUGAAGGAAGACUGUCUCAGUGUCCAUUAAUGUGUUGUUUAAACCUUUAUCAUCAGCCACAGGAAGAAGCCUUGUCUUCAAUGUCACAAACUCCUACACUUAGAUUCACCAAUGCCACCAUUAAUCAAACAUCAAUGGCAACACUGGCCCUCCCCGACUGCCACCCUGACAUGCAAAGCCACUGCAAAUUUCUUCUGUAAAAGAAAACAGGUUUAAUUAAAUAUCCCACAAUUAGACCAAUGAACCCUUUAAACUUGCUCCGUCAUUCCAAUAACACUGAACUGAUUGCUACAUCUGCUCUGGAGUCCUGUCUAGUGGCAGUAAUAAUCUUUCACCCCAUUGUUUAUCAAGAAUCUGCCUCAAAGAAGAUUCUGCUUCUAUCAGUCCUUGAGGAACAGUUCCAAAGACUUGUGACCCUCUGAGAGAAAAAACCUCACCUUAUCUUUGCCUUAAAUGGACAGACCCUUAUUUUGACACUGUCACCCCUCUCAAACGAGAGGAUAUGACCACCCUGCCAACUCCCCCCAGGAUCUUGUACGUUUCAC